AUGGACAGCACCAUACUCAAUAGAAUAGGAAGAAAGCUAGAGCCAGACGACAAAAUACGCAACAGCAGCAAAAUACUAGACGAUCUGAUGUCCAGCGAAGAGUUUAAAAAGAGAUUCAAAGAGCAGUCCCAGAAGAAGCUUCAAAUCCCAAAAAAAGGAAAUAUAUACUACAAAAAGUACAGAAAGCCAAACUUAGACGGCGCAAAGAAGCCUCUCGAAGAGUCUCUGCAGCUGAAGCCGCAGAAGGCAGAGCAUUCAUCCCUUAUAAAAGAAAAAAUAUCUGCGCUCGAAUUCCAGUUCAAAAGAAUGCAUAUAAUGAACAGCGGGGGCAAACAGACACACUACGCCAAAGAGCAUGCAGAGGACAGGACUGCUCCAAAGGAUAAGAAAGAAGAAUAA